AUCCGUAAUAUCAUUUUAAUUCCACAUAAUAUCCACCAUGUAUAAGAGCUGUUGCCUUCGCCUUCGCGUGACAUCGCGACAGAUGGGUUUCCACAAUGAUUUACCGGGUAACACUUGAAGUGUUUGACCUGCUACCCAGGCUCCACAAUACGCCCGCCGCCUACCUCAUCCGAAUCCCAACAUAUCCCAAAACAUUGCUGCCUCCUGCCAAUCCAUACCUAUGGCCACCAGCAUCCAGUGGAAAGCCAAACUGAGUGCCUUGGUCACCCAGUACCUCGAAGAGCGCCGCAGCAGCCCGACCGCAUCUUCCACCAAACUCCAUUUUGGCUCCGAAACAAACCGCUAGCCCAACUCAUGCUCACAGAUAGUCCUUACAAGAUAAUCCCAAACUGUCUUCCCACUUCCCAGCAUCAGCGAGCGCGGACCAUACUAGCGCACAGGGAGCGCUGCUCCGACCUCCCGAGCGGGACAAUGGGCACGAACAAGGAGUCCCUCACAACUAUUCGCUUCCCGGGAAUGGAGCACGAUGUCUUCAUUGAGGUUGGGGCGUUGGUUUGGGCAGGCGAAAAGUACGUCCACGUGAACUCCUGUGGGCUCACAGCGCCGCAAAAAAGAGAGUCGUCCAGGGAGAUUGAUGGAGCAAGUGGAACGCUGGGGCCGGCAAUGUGGGCAACCUUUGAGAGUGGGAAGACGGAGCUUGUGCUUGAGGAGGCGCGUCCAGCCCCGCUUCAGGCUAAAGAGGUGGUCGGAGAGGCCACGCCGAUGGUGAUGGAGAUGUUGCAAGUUGGAGCGCCGUUACAAGAGCAAGCAAUGGAGCUCACUGCUCAUCCAAAAAGACUCAUCGUCCGGGAAAAGAAGCUACAUGAGUUUUCAGAGCUCAAACGCCGCGACGAAGCAGUAGAGCAAGAAGGAGGAGGUCCACAGAUAAAAGUGAAGGCAAUGAAGAAACUGUCUAAAGCUUUAGAGGCGCAACAAAGGAUGACGGGGGAACACCAGAAAAGCCAGCCAGGAAACUGGCAGCUGGUACGGGAGCUUCACGACGCACAUCCGGAAGAAUGUCAGCUCGACCUAUGUCCUGUGUGCCGGGAGGGAGCGAGGCCGAAUCAUACACACCAAGCGGUACGGCUGACUAAAGCAGCGAUCGAGAGCUUAUCGCGGGUCAGGUCGUUUACCGAUAGUUUUGAAACGGAAGCCGAGUCUGAGUCAACCACUGAGUCUUCCAUGUUGGAAACGCCUCCAUGGAAAGACUCAAGUCAAGCAAAGCAGAGGGAUCCGGAUCCGGCUGCCUGCUCAGGCCUUCAGUGGGGCCACUCCAGACUUCACUCAUCCUCGCCAGCCGCGAAGGCUGCAGUCUCGGACCACAAAGAUCGGCGCAGAACACCAUUCUCGACCUAAGCUGCACUCUAGGCUCAGAGGAAAUUUUUGGCAGCUCAUAGCGAAGAAUUACCAGCUUUGUGUACACUCAGGGCACACCAUU